GCCGCCCGCCCGCCCGCUGCUCCCAGGUUUUGCAAAGAGCAGCGAUGAAGAGGAAGCUGGCACUCUCCGAGAUGCAGUUGGUUCUUCUCGUUUUAUUGGUGUGGCUACCAACAAGAUCAGUGCUGGCUGACUCCCUGGAAGAUGAAGCUAAGAAUAACAUCACCAUCUUUACAAGAAUUCUAGACAGACUUCUGGAUGGUUAUGAUAAUCGCCUCAGACCUGGAUUAGGAGAUAGUAUUACUGAAGUCUUCACUAACAUCUAUGUGACCAGUUUUGGACCUGUGUCAGAUACUGAUAUGGAGUACACAAUAGAUGUGUUCUUCCGUCAGAGAUGGAAGGAUGAGAGAUUAAAGUUUAAAGGCCCAAUGAACAUUCUUCGACUGAACAACCUAAUGGCCAGCAAAAUCUGGACCCCAGAUACAUUUUUUCACAAUGGGAAGAAGUCAGUGGCUCAUAACAUGACAAUGCCAAACAAGCUUCUGCGAAUCCAGGAUGAUGGGACACUCUUGUACACCAUGAGGCUUACAGUCCAAGCUGAAUGUCCAAUGCACUUGGAGGACUUCCCUAUGGAUGCUCACUCAUGCCCACUGAAAUUUGGCAGCUAUGCAUACACAACUUCAGAAGUGACAUACAUUUGGACUUAUAAUGCUUCAGAUUCAGUGCAAGUGGCACCAGAUGGCUCAAGACUGAAUCAGUAUGAUCUUUUAGGCCAAACAAUUGGAAAAGAGACAGUUAAGUCAAGCACAGGUGAAUAUACAGUAAUGACGGCUCAUUUUCACUUGAAGAGAAAAAUUGGUUAUUUUGUCAUUCAGACUUACCUCCCCUGUAUCAUGACUGUCAUUCUGUCUCAAGUGUCAUUCUGGCUGAACAGAGAAUCUGUACCUGCCAGGACAGUCUUUGGAGUAACAACUGUCUUGACAAUGACAACACUAAGCAUCAGUGCUCGGAAUUCACUCCCCAAAGUAGCAUAUGCAACAGCUAUGGAUUGGUUUAUUGCUGUUUGUUAUGCAUUUGUAUUCUCUGCAUUAAUUGAAUUUGCAACUGUGAAUUAUUUCACAAAACGAGGAUGGGCCUGGGAUGGAAAAAGUGUAGUGAAUGAUAAGAAAAAAGAAAAAGCAUCUGUCAUUAAGAAAAACAAUGCCUAUGCAGUGGCUGUUGCCAACUAUGCUCCAAAUAUUACCAAGGACUCAGUGCUACCAACCAUCUCCAAGAGUGCUACAACUGCAGAACCCAACAAGGCAAAACCAGAAGCGAAGCCACAAGAAGCAAAGAAGACAUUCAACAGUGUUAGCAAAAUUGACAGAAUGUCUAGAAUAGUGUUUCCAGUCUUAUUUGGUACUUUUAAUUUAGUGUAUUGGGCUACAUAUUUAAACAGGGAGCCUGUCUUACUUGGCUUUGCACCAUCAACCUAAAAGCUGACUUGCACUGAGGACUUCAAGCAUCAUUCUAAUCAGAUAGGUUGUUCGCUAUGUACAGUCCGACUAAUAACUGCUAAUCUGUGAACCAUUCUGUACAGUGUGUAUAUAAAUGUCUUGUCUGUGUGUCUCCAAAGGAGGGACACCGUUAAUUCAUGGGUCUGUAAACAGAUAGCACCCAUGGCAAAUACAGCCAGCUCUUUGAAAUUUAAACCCAGGGGACUUCUGUUAAACUAGGAUUCAAAUAUACAGAAUUAUAUUCUCUCCGUACAAUGAGAUGAAGAUGUGAUCCUACAUAAUUAUUUAGGAGCAGUAUUUUUUUAAUUUAAAGUUAAAAUAUUUUUCUAUAAAGUAACUAAUUCUACUUUAGUGAAAGAAACUGUCAUUUAAAAAAGUGAUUUUUUUAAAAAGGUGUAAUUGUUUCAUACGAUAGCAGUACCCAUGUACAUAACAGAGUGCGGAGGUCGUACAGUUCUGCUCUUCACAAACAUUCUGGAUACAAGUUAGAUUGAAGAGGUAGUAAACACUACUGUAUGGCAAAAGCCACAAGUUUCUUACUUCUGUCCUCUUUGAAGCUGUUAAUAAAUUCAUCUAAUUGAUUUUAGGGAAAAGGGUAAAUCAAAUUCAAUCUCAACCAACUACUGCUAGUGAGAUACUUAUUUUUUUCACUCUUUUAUUUGUUUGAUAUUACUAAGCUGGACUGUCUGGUUCAGCAAAGCUGGAUUUUUUUAAUUAUUAUUUUUUAUUUUGAUCUUAAUUGAAUUAUUUUCAGGUUUAUAGAAUCACUCAGAAAUUUUUCAGGCUUAAGUUCAUCAGUAAUAUACUUUUUUUCUUUGCUUAAUGUUUUCCUAAAGCCUGCCAUUACAAUAUUUACCUGUAUUUGUCCCAGGAAGCACUGUUUUCAAGGGAAACAAGAACCAUGAUUUAAGUUCAGGAAUAUGUCCAUAUAAUAAAAUUUACUGCUGCUUUUGUAAAUUGCAACUUUACAUUUCGCUGACAUAACUUUACAACAACUUUGUAUACUAGAAAUGAUUUUGCUAAGAUUUGAAUGUUAUUUUUUUAAUAAAAGGUCAUGCAUCAUCAGUAGGCAUCAACUGUAUUUCAUAUAAACAAAUAUAACAAAAUUGGAUCUGCCAUUGGCAAUUUUAUAAGAACAUUUAAUACUAUCAGUAAAGUUGUUUUUCUUCUGAGCCUUUGCAAAGAUUCUUUAUGCCCCUAAAGGCCUGGUAAAUCAUAGCAUAUAUAAUAAUUGUGUACUGUAUUUAGAUUUUAGUAUACUUGGCCAAUCAAAAAUAUUUUGAUUCACACAUACAUUAGCAGUUAUUAGUUGACCUUUAAAAAAGAUACACCUUUAUGAUGAUGUCUUCUAGUAGAGACAUAUGUAGUCGUAUAGUGUCAUUUAUUGCAGUUUUGUACAGUAACUUGAGUAUAGUGCAUAAAAUAGAUAUGUUCAGAGUUUAAGAAAAGUUGUACAAAUAUUUCUAAAAUCAAAUAAAAGAGUAUCUUAAGA